UUAAGUUUGGUGCCGCCACAAAUAAAAUCAAUAACAGUCAAAUAAUAUGUGUAUUUGAUAUGAUUAAGACUAAUAUGAGAUACUAACACAUUUUCGGAGAAAAUACAAAAUCUAGUAUUGUAUAGUAACGUGUUUGACUGCCGAAUUAGGUUAUAUAUAUUAUUCUAGUCAUAAGAAAAAAUAAAGAUGCCAAAAAAGAAGACCCCACAAAAUCCAUUUUUCUUCUUCAUGAUGGACUAUAGGAAAGAACAAGCAGAAAUAGGCAUAAAAUAUGCCAACACCAAGGAAUUAGCUGAAGCCGCUGGUCCUGUAUGGCAGAACUUAAGGCCUACAUUAAAAGCAAAAUAUGAAGAGAAAGCUAAGAAUGAAAAAGAAAAGAACAAACAAACUGGAACUAAGUUCACGUCGACCGGCAUACCUAUAAAAGUAAUAGAACAACAACAGAGAGAAAUGAAGAAUGCUGAAGAUAAUGAAAAAAAAGACAUACAGAAUAUUGUGAAGCUCAAGGUAUUUGAUCAAAGUAUAAAAACUGAAGAUUUCUAUGUGAUUGACGUGAACUCAUACUGCAAAGCUAAUGGUGAUUAUUUAAUCGGAGAGUUCACCGUGACCCAAUUCAGUCUGCAGGAUGGUGUCAAAAAUAGUUACCAUGAAACUAUUAUUCCAAGUUGUGUACCGGUUGGAUAUAUGUUUGAUGUGAAACUGGGUGCUGAAGAGUUCGGCCUGGAGAUGCCCGGCACCGAUGACGCAGGACCCAACUACAUACAAAUACUGGCCAACAUCAUCGACUACUUGAAGCAGAAGGAUCGGACUGUGCAAGUCCUGCCACCGAUGUUCACGUUGCCGGAGAAGGUGGAUGCAGUGCAGAACUUCAUCUCACAGAUGUGUAAUUGUGCGACCGAAGACGACUCGCUGUUCCGUAUAUACAAACUAGACACGUUUUUCUUCACUCUGAUCAACGCUAUCAGCAGUCAUCACGACGAGGGCUUCCCUAAGGAGUCGUUGGCGCUCACGCAGCUGACCAAGGACCUGUUCGACUACACACCGGGGAUCGCGUGUGAGCGUCACGAGUCGCUGGACAAAAGCAACGUUUGCACAACGUCCCGCGUCAAACGUUGGGUGUUCACGAUCCUGGACCGCUGCUGCCCGCUGCUGGGGAUUCCCUUGCAGCCGGGGAAGCACCUGCCCUUCGACUACGACAUCAAUGGCAUCCUUAUUUUUAAAGAAGAAAGGAAGACGAGAGCCGCUCCCUCUGUGCCUCGUACGGCCACCGCCUCGAGCAACUCAUCGUUUAUAUACGACUCCUUGAAUGAAUCUUUUCAAAGCUUGAACGUUACCGGCGAGACCGCCGCGUCGGGCUCGGCGCCGGGCAGGAGGGUGCACAAGCCGCUGCGCAUGCCGCGUACCGACUAUUCUCAGCGGAUUCAGCAGGCUCCCGAACUGACGGAGGCUAACUUCCCGACGCUCACGGGGCACGGCCGAGGGCGUGGUCUGACCAGGAGCAACAAUUGAAGUUCGACUUCACAUUGCUCAACCACAGGACACUUCGAGACGCGAACCAUACUCAACUCUGCCACUAUGCCGCUUGGACGAAAGAACGAACACACAAUACUCGUAUUACUUGAUAGAUUCCCGUGCUGAUUACAUAGUUAAUGUGUAUCUUGACGCUGUCAAAAUUAUUUGACAGUUUGACAGCUGUCACUCGAGAGCAGCUGUCACACACAAAAUGUCAUUUUUUUUAUCUUAAUGUAGUUGAUAUUGGCGAUGUUUCGAUAUACAUGCUAGCACAGCUUAGAGCCCUUACUGUGGAGAAAUUCGUUCCAUUAUGGACUGAUAAUUUACAGUCGUAGUAUCCGACGGAAAUAAAUGACGCCAUAAUUGGUCGUAAUUUUUCUACUGUGAACACUGCAGGAGUUUUCGAAGUAAGACGCUCUCAGUGCUUUGAUCACGUGAUCACUUUUACCGUGCAUAACCUCUUUUCAAUAAUUCGGUUAUUAAGUCAUUAUACAAUAAAUUGCUUGAAAAACGUUUUUAGUAAAGAGUAUAGUUGGCUUUAUUAUGCGAUCA